AUGGAUUCAUUCAAUACGAGGAUAUCGGCACUUCGUUCGCCGACUUCGACUCCAUCCUCUGCGUGUCCUUCCCAUUCUUCCACCUCUUUCCCGAAGCAAACCCUAGAUUUCCCGAUUCGAAGCCCCAAAUUGUCCCGCAAAGCCAACUUCCUUCCCCCUAUUUGUGCCUUUGCCGUACCAGAGAAAGUAGAGAAGAUUGGAAAUGAGCUCAAAAACCUAACCCUAGAAGAAGCUCGCAGCCUCGUUGACUGGUUACAGGAAGAGCUCGGUGUCUCCGCUGCUGCCUUCGCACCGGCAACUGUUGCCGUAGCGCCUGGUGCCGUUGCCAAUGCGGGACCAGCCGUCGUUGAGGAGCAAACGGAGUUCGAUGUUCUUAUCGAGGAAGUGCCGAGUAACGUGAGGAUUGCAACGAUUAAGGUCGUGAGAGCACUUACGAAUCUGGCGUUGAAGGAAGCGAAGGAGUUGAUUGAAGGAUUACCGAAGAAAUUCAAGGAGGGAACCUCAGAGGAAGGGGGGUGUCGAUCUUCGAAUGAACAUGAUAAAUUUUCAUAGAUUUUUAAGUUGGUGUGUCGGUCGAUCGUGGAAUUGUGCCCCUUUUUUGUUUCGAGAAACAAGCGAAACAAGUAAAACUUGUUUCGUCAUUCAUGUUUCUUGAAGCAUAAAUUGUUAUAAAUUUCAAUUUAUGUUUCAAGAAACAAGUGGAACAGAACACUUUUACCAAACGGUAUUUAUGC